AUGACGUCUAUGGCAUUGGAUGACGAGUACUGGACGAAGUCGUCAGUCUCAAAGGAUGCGUGGGAUGGAGAGCCUUACAUGAAAUGUGCAAGAGACAGCACUGAUAUGCUCCACAUUAAGGACAAGUCCAGACGCACUUGUGUACAAGAAUACUCAGGUUACACUUCUUCAUAUGCACAGUUCAAAAUCAGCACAACAACAGUUGAACUGCAGCUCGACAGCACUGCAUUAGUCACUACGAACGAUCGACACGCUGGGCAACAUAGAGACCAGAGCAAGCCACGGGCACUUGCAUGCAUGUCGAAAGCCAGCCUAGAAUGCCACAUGUUUGCACACUGUCACAACGAGUCUGAAAAGUGUUCCACUACUCCUCCAUCGGAUGUUCAAAUGGGAGGGAUGGGUUCUGGGUGCAACACCUGUUCCUCUGCAUUCUCGUGGUCUGCAGAUGACAAGAACCACGUGGCUUCAGAGUUAAGCAUGAGCCGGAAUCUACAGCAGCACACGAGGACAUAUUCAUCCAAGAAGCCAUACACGUGCGAUGUCUGCCCUGUGGACUUCACCCGGAAUGCUCACCUGGAGCAGCACAAGCGGGCACACACAGGCGAUAAGCCAUACAAGUGCAAUGUCUGCCCUGCUGAGUUCAGCCAGCCCGGGAACCUACAGCGUCACAAGUGCACACACACGGGAGAGAAGCCAUACAAGUGCGAUGUCUGCCAUGCAGAGUUCAGCCUGAUUGGGCACCUACAGCAGCACAAGCGGACACACACGGGUGAGAAGCCAUACGAGUGCGAUGUCUGGGCACCUACAGCGACACAAGUGCACACACGCGGGCGAGAAGCCAUACAACAGCACAAGUGGACACACACGGGUGAGAAGCCAUACGAGUGCGAUGUCUGCCCUGCAGUGUUCAGCCAGCGCGGGAACCUGCAGCGUCACAAGUGCACACACACGGGCGAGAAGCCAUACAAGUGCGAUGUCUGCCAUGCAGAGUUCAGCCUGAUUGGGCACCUACAGCAGCACAAGCGGACACACACGGAGUUCAGCCUGAUUGGGCACUUACAGCAGCACAAGUGGACACACACGGGUGAGAAGCCAUACGAGUGCGAUGUCUGCCCUGCAGUGUUCAGCCAGCGCGGGAACCUGCAGCGUCACAAGUGCACACACACGGGCGAGAAGCCAUACAAGUGCGAUGUCUGCCAUGCAGAGUUCAGCCUGAUUGGGCACUUACAGCAGCACAAGUGGACACACACGGGUGAGAAGCCAUACGAGUGCGAUGUCUGCCCUGCAGUGUUCAGCCAGCGCGGGAACCUGCAGCGUCACAAGUGCACACACACGGGCGAGAAGCCAUACAAGUGCGAUGUCUGCCAUGCAGAGUUCAGCCUGAUUGGGCACCUACAGCAGCACAAGCGGACACACACGGAGUUCAGCCUGAUUGGGCACCUACAGCAGCACAAGCGGACACACACGGGUGAGAAGCCAUACGAGUGCGAUGCCCUGCGAAGUUCAGCAGGGGCUGGAGCAAGAGAAAGCACCGGUACACUCCAUAUCAAGGACAAGCCCAGAUGCGCUUGUGACCAAGUAUCUCCAGGUUGCAUUUUCUCAAAUGCGCAGUUCAAGAUCGGCACAGCAACGGUUGAAGAGCUAUUAAACAACUUUGCAGUAGUCACUAUGGAAGAUCCGCCCAAGGAACGACCUACAGAAAAGAGCAAGUCAUGUGGGCUUGCAUGCACGUCCAAAGCCAGACUGCAACAUCAUAUGUUUGCACACUGUCACAGUGAGUUUGAGUGUCCUGCUACUCCUCCAUCAAAUGUUCAGAUGGGAGAGGAGGGCUUUGGGUGCGACGUAUGUCCCUCUGCAUUCUCACAGUCUAUCAGUCACGAGAACCACGUGUGGAAGCGUACUCAUGAGAAAACAUACAGGUGCGAUCUCUGUCCUGCAGAGGUCAACCGGAAUGCGCAUCUACGGCUUCACAAGUGGACACACAAGGGGGAGAAGCCAUACAAGUGUGAUGUCUGCCCUGCAAAGUUCAGCCGGAGCAGUGACCUGCAGCGCCAUAAGAGGACACACACCGGUGAGAAGCCAUACAAGUGCGACGUCUGUCCUGCAAAGUUCAGCCAGGGCGGGCACCUACGGGACCACAAGAGGACACACACUGGCGAGAAGUCAUACAAUUGUGACCUCUGUUCUGCAGAGUUCAUCCAGAGCACGCACCUGCAGCAUCACAAGAAUAAACACAUGGGCAAGAAGCCAUACAAGUGCUAUGUCUGUCCUGCAGAGUUCAUCCAGCGCUCACACCUGCAGCGUCAUAAAAAGACACACACGGGCGAGAAGCCAUACAAGUGUGAUCUCUGUCCUGCAGAGUUCAUCCAGAGCACGAACAUGCAGCGUCACAAGAGGACGCACACGGGCGAGAAGCCAUACAAGUGUGAUGCCUGCCCUGCAAAGUUCAGCCGGAGCAGUGACCUGCAGCGCCAUAAGAGAACACACACCGGUGAGAAGCCAUACAAGUGCGAUGCCUGUCCUGCAAAGUUCAGCCGGAGCGAGUACCUACGGGACCACAAGCGGACUCACACCUGA